AAAAAUAUAGUGAUAAUUAAAGUUAUGUGAAUUAACCCUUGUACAAUAAAAACUAAAUAAACUAUGAAUAUAAUUUUAUGGAAGCAGAAUAUUAAAUAGAUUCGUUUACUCAUCAAAAAAUGAACAAGUCACACAAAUGGGAUUUCCUAGUAAAGAUUUCCAGCAGGAGAAAAUUGGAGUAUGAAAGGAUGAAUACAGGAAACGCGCCCGUCUCACACAAGAAGAAUUACCGACGAAUGCUUGCCAAAUGCUUUGAACGAUUUUCGCGACUCAUGGUCUUUCCCAACAGUACCACGUGAAAUGUAGCCAAAGAAUACAACACAACUUCUUCAAAAUGGGGCAAACAGCUACACACGUAAACGCAAAUUACACAUUAAUUAAUUAUACUGAUGAAAUAAUUGAGGAUGACAGAGACGCUUGUGCCGUCGCAGAUGACCCUAAAUAUCCGAGUAGUUUCGGUAUAACACUUGCGGUACCAGAAUGGGAGGCAAUUUGUACAGCCAUCGUCCUAACGCUAAUAAUAAUCUCAACGAUAGUUGGAAACAUUCUGGUGAUCUUGAGUGUGUUUACAUACAAACCCCUUAGGAUCGUCCAGAACUUCUUCAUAGUAUCACUUGCUGUGGCGGAUUUGACAGUAGCAAUAUUAGUAUUGCCACUAAAUGUGGCAUACUCCAUUCUAGGACAAUGGGUAUUUGGGAUUUACGUAUGUAAAAUGUGGUUAACAUGCGAUAUAAUGUGCUGCACUUCGUCCAUUUUAAAUUUAUGUGCAAUUGCAUUAGACAGGUACUGGGCGAUAACUGAUCCUAUAAAUUACGCACAAAAGAGAACUUUAGAAAGAGUGAUGUUAAUGAUUGGAGUAGUCUGGGUACUUUCGUUAGUUAUUAGCUCUCCACCGCUCCUGGGGUGGAAUGACUGGCCCGACGUCUUUGAACCUGAUACGCCUUGUCGUUUAACUUCCCAACCAGGCUUUGUUAUCUUCUCUUCAUCUGGGUCCUUCUACAUACCGCUAGUUAUAAUGACUGUAGUUUAUUUUGAAAUAUAUUUGGCAACUAAAAAAAGACUUAGAGAUCGUGCUAAAGCAACUAAGAUCAGCACUAUUUCUAGCGGUCAGAACAGAUACAAUAAUAAAGAUAACGAUAACAAUGAUCAAGAUUCUGUUAGCUCAGAAGCCAAUCACAAUGAGCACCAAGGCGUGACACGGUUGGUAUCAGACAAUGAGAAAAAGAAGAGAACCAGAAAACUGACACCAAAGAAAAAACCAAAGCGACGAUAUUGGAGUAAGGAUGAUAAAUCUCAAAACAAACUGAUAAUACCAAUUCUCUCCAAUGACAAUUCGGUAACCGAUAUGGGUGAUAAUUUAGAAAAUAGAAACACAUCAUCAGAGAGUAACUCGAAAGAAACUCACGAGGAUGAUUUGAUUGAAGUUACUGAGCCUGCGCCAGUGAAAAGUCACAAGCGGCCGAAGCCUAACCAGCAAAGUGCUGUUUAUCAAUUCAUUGAAGAAAAGCAAAGGAUUUCCUUGACACGUGAGCGUCGAGCCGCUAGAACCCUUGGGAUUAUAAUGGGCGUAUUCGUCGUGUGUUGGUUGCCCUUCUUCGUCAUAUACCUUGUUAUUCCCUUCUGUGCGAGUUGCUGUUUGUCCAACAAGUUUAUCAAUUUCAUAACUUGGCUUGGCUACUGCAAUUCUGCACUCAACCCUCUAAUAUACACCAUCUUUAACAUGGACUUUAGGAGAGCAUUCAAAAAGUUACUCUGUAUGAAACCGUGA